AUGCGAAUCGAGAAUGGCAGGACCAAGAAGUAUACGUGUAAACAAAGAGCACAGACUGCACAGUUGCUUGGUAACAGGCCAGCGAUCCAACUAAAUUAUAGGCUAGAAAGCUCGAGAUAUCGACGAUUUUGGAAUUCCCACCAGAAGAUGAUUAACCAACCAGAAUUCCCACCAGAAGAUGACUACCGAGCGAAGCAUAUCGAUCGACGGAUGCGUUGGAGAACACUUUUUUUAUCUCAAUCCAGAGAAUGUAAUGGUCGCACUCAACAUACCUUCGGAUUUAACUCAAACCGAACACCUCCCCCAAUCGCUGAAAUGGCUAAAUUUGAGAAAAGAAUGACCAACAUGAUUGCAUGCAUAUUUAAAAUUCAAGAAAGUCAACUGCCCAUUCCAAAAUAG